AUGUCGUUUCUUUUCUUUCUUCGUUCUCCUUUUCUUUCUAUUCUCUCUUCAUCCUCAACCUUCCCUCCCUCUCAUAUACUUCACCUCCAGCUUUUCAUUACUCUCUCACUAUUUCUUCUUCUACUUCUUUCCCCUCUUAUUUUUCUCCCUUUUAUUUCCUCAGCCCCCCCCUUCUUUUUUCUUCUUCCUUUCUUUUCUCUCAAACUUCUUUUCUGUUUUCUUUUAUUCCUUUCUCUCUUUUUAUUCUUUGUAUUUCCAUUCCCCUUCUCCCUUUACGGUUUUCUUACUUUCUCUAUUCCUCACUCCCUCUCUUCCACAGACCUUCUUCACUUUCUCUUUUCAUCGCUCUCUCUUUUCCUCACUUCCUCUCAUUCUCACUUCGCCUCUUCCUCACUUUCUCUUUCUACUCGCCCUCAUUUCGCCUCUCUCUCUCACUCUCAUUCACUUUUCUAUCCAGUUUUCAUUCUUUUUUUCUCUCUCCUUGUUUUGUUUGCUCUUUUUUUUUUUUAUCUCUUUUCUCUCCUAUUACUCUCUCCCUUACUUCUUUCCCAGAAAUCUUGA